AUGCCAUAGAAUUAAUGUAAAUAGGUAUCACACAAUUUUAUUAGGCAAAAUGGAAUUCCUUUCUAGUCAGGAUUUAAGAGCUAAGAUUUUUGCUUAUGAGAAAAUAAAAUAUGGUUGUGAAUAUAUUAUCAAAUAUGAAGAACAACUUAAAUCUAAAAUGUCACAAUCUUAAUUAAAAUUAGAUAUUGAAGACUAUAAAAAUUAAUUCAAUAAAUUUAAUUAGUUAUAAUUCAUUUAAAAUUUUAAUGCAACAAAUGAAAUUGGUGAUUUUAUUAAAUUAGGUAUUUAAACUAAAUGACAAAAGAUUGCAUUUAAGUAAAUGAAAAACCAAAUGUUAGAGAUGAUUCUAUAUUAAUAGUUGAAUCUAUUAGAAGUAUACUAAAAGAAGUAGCUCUUCCAUUUAAAUUUCCUUAAUUAUUUGCAAACAGUUAUCAUAUAUUUGAUAAAAUUCUUCUAUAUGGAGUAAAAAUUAUCAUUAUCUAAGCCUCCUAAUUCUGGCAAAAAAUAUUUAGUUGAAUAUUGUGCUUCAAUUACUAACUCAACAUUUAUAAAUUUAUCAAUAUCGUAAUUAAUAAAAAAGUAGUUUGAUAAACCUAUUGGAUAUUUUUAAUAGAUUUUUAAUUAUGCUUUAAAGAUGUAACCCUGUAUAAUUUUACUCUAAGACCUCGAUUAAUUAAGAAACUAAAAUUUAAGUAUUAAUAGAAAUAAUAUGAAUAUCAUAACUGAGUUAUUAAUAGUAUUAGAUAAAUUAAAAUCAGCUGCUUUUCCAUAAUUUUAAGUCAUUGGAAUAACGAGUUAUCCUUGGAAAUUAGAACCUUCAGUCAGAAGAAGGUAAUAUUUUUUGAUAAAAAAAUUAGAUUCUCUAAAAGAAUCUAUAUACCAUUUCCAAAUAAUGAAUAAAUAUAAGAAUUUUUAAAAUAAAAGUUUUCAAACAUGAAAAAUAAUCUAACUUUGGUGUAGUUUGAAAAACUAGCAAAUUUAUUAGAAGGAUACACAAGUUGUGAUAUUUUCAAUAUUCUUUAAUAAGCUUAUGAGAAUGUUGAGAAUGAUAGGAAAUAAGAAAUGAAAAUAUAAUAACAAUACUAAGAACCUAUCUUAAAAAAUGUAAAAUUGAUUGUAAUUUAGGUUGAUAUUCUUGAUGUACUUAAAAAAUAUAAAUAAACGACUUCUUAAGAUUAUAUAAAAAAAUGUCUAGAUUGGAAAGCAACGUUUGAUUGA